AAAAUGAAGUAGUGGCUAAGUGAUCAAAGGCGUGUAAAAAUUAAAAAGUAGUGAAUUGCUGUGUAAAAUGAUUUCAAGUUCUGAACUGUGUGAUUGGACUACAUAGUGUUUGAAGACUUGGUUGGCAUCGAAAUGUUUAGUAUCAAGCUAAUUCCUGUUCUCCUGGUCAUCGAGUUGAGGCUCUCGAGAAGUUCGCUGGUGAUCGACCACUUUUCACAGAAAUCUAUAUCCAUAUCUGACUACUGUCCCUCCUUUGAGUUCUGCAAAGAGGGAGCCCAUGUCAUGUGCGUGCAUUAUAACCCUAACCGCGUGCUGGGCCCAAAAUGCAAUAAUGGUCAAAAUGCCAGCAUCGAUGAAGUGUUAGCUGUAGAAUUGCUGGAUGUGACUAAUGAAAUAAGGAGCAGAAUAGCCAACGGCAUAGAAAUAGGCAAGGAUGGACAGUUGUUGCCUCGGGGAUAUGGAAUCUUUCGACUGGAUUGGGACAACGAGCUAGCAACUUUCGCACAAGUGCUGGCCAACCAAUGUACCCUACGACAUGACCUAUGUCGAUCCACCAAGAGGUUCCCAGACCCUGGACAAGUGGUAAGUAUUGAGAGAUUCUCGUACCCAGAUUGGAAAAUCAUAACAUCUAAAAACAAUAACCGUCCUGGGUUAACCGAAGAAAAACUGAUGUCUGCUGUCAUGGAGGCUUUCAAAUAUUGGUACAGGCAAAAAAGAUUUGUUAACGAACAAAUGGUGAUGGUAUAUCCUGAUUUUAAUUUGACUCCCCAGUUUGGACCAAAUGGUCGUCUUUACCUGGAGUUAAUAAACGGCGGAGCAACGCACAUGGGCUGCGGUGUGAGUGCUUUCUCUGAGUAUAUUCCCUUCCAAAGUAAAUUUGGUAAUAAUUUCAACUCUAUCAUAUUGGUAUGCAAUUAUUCUGCUAGAUCCAAAAGAGGAGAUAUGGUAUAUAAUACGAAGCCACCAACCCCAGGUCAAGGAUACAGCUCCAAAUGCGGUUGUCCUCCGGGGUCUAAGGAAGAUGAGGAUUGCCUCUGCAAUUUAGUACCAAUAGAAGCUAAACGUAAAGAAGUAAAAUGCAACAGUCUUGAUGGCAAGGGAUGCGAGCCGACCUUGGUUCUAUUGCCAAUAUUCACGACGGAAGAUGCACCACCCGACAAAUUAUUUAAACGAGCAGACAGUAUCAGAGACCCGAUGAAGGAUUUCAUAUUUGAAAGAAUGGACAACUCGACUGUCGCCCAAAGGAUGAGACAAUAUCAAAAUAUGUUUGACGAUUUUACUUCAAACUCUAAAGCAAAACAGAGUAACCUGCGACUAGAUUCACCGAAAUCUCAUCCACCAAGAACAGCAGAGAAGAAAAAAUCACCACAUUCGUCUAAUGUUAUGUACAAAGUGCAAGUAGCACCACCUGCAUUUAUACCAACUGAAAAUCCUCCUCUUCCCUCUCCUACUCGCCCAGCACUCCCACCGAGAAUACCACCACCUCCACCGCCACCUCCACUACCACCUCCUCCUCUGCCGCCUCCACGUCGAGCUUACACUCACCACAAGACUCGUGCACCACCACCAAUUCCACCACGACCACGACCACGCAAGCCAUCCCACGCCCGUACUUCACCAAAACGAGACUACACACCAGCUCGAAGAGCACAUGAUUCACAACCUAUAGAUGCCACACGUUCUGAUGAUGAGUUCAACCCAUCAAAGAAAGGAUCACACAGAAUAUCCCAGAAACUAUCUCACAAACAACUAACAAAGAAAUCAAGUCUUUUCACAAAAGCAGCAAAAUUCAACUUACCAGCUAGAAAAAACAUAGUGUCAUAUUUAGAAACACCACAAUCAGAUGUACACGUGGAUGACAUAACAACUGAAACAAUUUUAAAGACUGCUGAAGAAAAAGACAUUAAUUUCAAUCAGUACUCGAAGAAAAAGAAGUACAAUAUGGAUAAUCGCACCCGGCUAGACAAGGUAUUCAAAGAUGAGAAUGACAAAGACAACAAGCUACUGUCUCUUCUUAAUACUUUGGAGAAAGAAGUGAAACAUAUUGCACUUGACGGCAAAGAAAAAGUAUUGUUUGACGCAAAAAUUAGAAAAAUUUACGGAUCUAUCGUAGGCACCACUGACACAACAUUACUUUCACCUAUUACUACAAAUGCUAAUGAUUUAGAUAUUGCUGAAAUCGACAUUGGUAACCCUAGAAGUAGAAAGUAUAAUAAAAAUUUUAAUGCAAAUGGUUUCCGUAAUACAAAAGAAAAACAUGAUGCUUACUUUCACAACAAAUAUAAUCACAAUUACAAUUAUAAAUUUGACUCUGAUGUGGAACAAAAAUAUAUGGACGAUUUUGAAAAUAAAUAUAUCGAAAAUCUUGGUCGUAAUAAAUAUAGUGAAAACAAUGUAGAUGGCAAAUUUGAUACAAGACAUAAAUAUAUUGAAAAUGACCCAAAAUAUCAUUACGAUGACAGUUGGAACCGUAGGUAUGACGGAACCUUACCGGUUCAUAAGAAUACAUUAAAAUACGAAGGUAAAGAUUUCAAUGAAUUCAGAGACUUUAAACAUAAUUCCUUAACAUCAAUGGAAGAUAAUGCAAUCAGACACAGUAAUUUGAUGAACUUUAGGAAAAGAGAAUUUGCAAAAAGUGGCUAUCAUCGUCCAGACAGGGAUGAUCACAGAAGCAAAGAACCCAAGAGAAAGCACAGAGAUGAAAUAGAAAUAAAAAGAAACAAAAUCUAUCAUUACCGCGAUGACGAUAUUGAUGAUCCGUUAAGUAUAGAAAGAAGAAGAUUUUUUCAAGAAAGACUAGACAAUAUUGAACGAAGGCUUCUCUCAAGAACAAGCGACCACAGAGGCAACAGAAUACGUCGAAUGAAACCAAGUUUGUCUAGAACAAGCUCCAAACCUGAAAGUUACAUUCCGCAUAGGGCAAGAAUUUUACACUCUGUAAUGUAUGAAUAUUAUUAAAUGUUUUACCGAUACGGUUUCAUAAUAAUCCGAGUCGCACCAAAAGAUUGCU